AUGUUUUCGGACGACGAUCGCCAAAGUCAGCUUUCGGAGAACGUGCGAAGGCAUUCCUCUGAUGCGUCUGAAAUAGGCGAAAAUGGUUCCCUGAACUUUGAUGAUGAGAAAAUCAAUGGGGAUGAUGACGCUGACCUCUUUGGUUCUGGAUCGGAGGAACCUGACCAGCGCAAACCACGGAGACUGGAUGAUGAGGAAUUGGAUUCAGGCGACGAUGAAGGUCGCUAUGACCAGCAUGGCUCUCCAAUGGACGAGGACGGAAUGGAUUAUACCGAAUCGGUAAAUGUUAUGGAUUUGAGUCUUAGUCGUGUACCAGAGCCAGAAUCUACGGACGGAGAGCUACCGCAGGUCUACACGUUGACCAUGCCCAAUUUCCUCGCUAUAGAGUCUGAAGAUUUCAACCCAGAAACUUAUGUUGCUCCGCCCUUUAACUCUGCAUCUACCUCCCUGUGCUGGCGCUAUGAUCCAAACAAUGGUGAGACGCUUCAGUCAAAUGCUCGGAUCGUCCGCUGGUCAGACGGUUCAUUGACGCUUCAGCUUGCAUCCAAUCCAAAGGAACAAUAUCGAAUGCCGUCCAAAAGGCUCGCACGUUCUAACAAGGUGCGCAAGGCCACUGAUUACGAUUCUGAAUUGGACGCCCACGCUUAUCUCGGCGCAGCAGCUGAAGCUUCAUCGGUUUUCCGUAUCACCUCUCACCUCACGUCCUCUCUCAGUAUCCUUCCAACUACGGUGGAAACCGACGAUGCUGUUCAACGUCUUAAAGAAUCACUGGAAGCUGCUUCGAGGGGGCACAAAAAGAAUGUGGACGGCACAGUUACGAUGUUUGACGUCGCUGAAGACCCAGAAUUAGCCAAGAAACGCGCAGAGCUUGCAGAACGUGAGAAAUUACGAGCAGAUCGUAAGCGCCAGCUGGCAGCAGACCGCGAUCUUGACCGAGGGAGGCGCGUUGGUAUUUCCUAUAGAACCGGAGGAGGAGGCCUCACAAGUUGCUGGGUUAGAAGGUGA